UAUAGUAGCUUAUGAAUUCAGCCAGGCAUUUGAACAAGCAAAAAGAGAACGUGGCCAUGUCUUUACGCAAAAAGUGGACAUUGAUAUGGAGAUGAUUAAGCAGUCAAAGUACUUCCAUCAUAUCUUUGACAGAUCAAACGGAAAUACUACAGGCCAGUUGAUCUCCAACACCACAUCAGAUGCCAAUAUAUUCUCUCCUCAGGGAUCUUCUAUGACAGAAAAGCAGCAAAUGCGAGCAAGUGAAUCAGACGCACAACAUGAAAAGUUGAGUGCCAGAGCUUCUAAGCUCAUGACACAGACAAAGAUAACGUCUAUAUAUGGUAGCAAGGUUCUAAAGGCGAAUAAUAUAUCCCACAAGAAGCUGCCGAACCCUGAAAGUUCUAAAUCUGUGGAGUGCAUUGAUGUCAAGAAUGAUGAAGAAGAAAAACCUUAUGGGAGUAAUCUGAGGCCAAAAAGGCGGCACACAGAGUUUACAAGCCCAAUAUGUGAAAUUGUGAAAUCACCACCUUCAUCAUGUAAUGAAGAAGCAAAUGUAGAGAUCUCUGGCAACAGUUUUGUGACUGCAAGAGCAAAACUGGAAAGGGAUACAAGGCAAAAGCAUGGUCUUGCAGGUUCUUCAAACGCAUCUGUGUCCCCACAAAGUGACAACAAUCUUGCUGGGAACAUCAGAAACUAUGGCAUGAGGUCUGGUGGUUUAUCUCGCCGUGGCUUGAGAGGUAAUUUUGUCCCGCCAAUCAGAUCCAGUGGGGGAAAUGCAGGAAAUACGACAUCAAGAAUUCCAGGGAAAUGUGAGGAUUCAUUAGAAGAUUCAACAAGAAAAUGUUUAGAAAUGUUAUGUGGUCCUGAUGGUGAGCUUCCUGAGAAGUUGAGGAAUCUUGAGCCUCGUCUUAUUGAACAUGUGAGCAAUGAGAUAAUGGAUAAGGAUCCUAAUGUUCGCUGGAACGAUAUUGCUGGAUUGGAUCAUGCCAAGAAAUGCGUGACAGAAAUGGUUAUAUGGCCUCUUUUACGUCCCGACAUAUUCCAUGGCUGUCGGUCUCCAGGAAGAGGUCUUCUUCUUUUUGGUCCUCCUGGUACUGGUAAAACCAUGAUUGGGAAAGCCAUUGCUGGAGAAGCAAAAGCGACAUUCUUUUACAUUUCUGCUAGUUCAUUGACAAGCAAGUGGAUUGGUGAGGGUGAAAAGCUUGUGAGGGCUCUUUUUGGGGUUGCCUGCUGCCGCCAGCCUGCUGUAAUAUUUGUGGAUGAAAUAGAUUCUCUACUGUCACAGCGGAAGUCGGAUGGUGAACAUGAAUCGAGUAGGAGAUUAAAGACACAGUUUCUUAUUGAAAUGGAAGGCUUUGACAAUGGAAGUGAACAGAUUUUACUUAUAGGAGCAACCAAUAGACCUCAGGAGCUUGACGAAGCAGCACGAAGGCGACUCACAAAGAGACUGUAUAUACCUCUCCCUUCUUCAGAAGCACGAGCCUGGAUUGUCCGAAAUCUUUUGGAGAAGGAUGGCCUGUUCAGGCUCUCCGAGGACGACACUCAGUCAAUCUGCAAACUAACAGAAGGGUAUUCAGGGUCAGACAUGAAGAACUUAGUGAAAGAUGCUUCUAUGGGACCUCUACGAGAAGCCCUGAGGCAAGGCAUUGAGAUUACACAGCUCAAAAAGGAGGAUAUGCGCCCAGUGACUCUUCAGGAUUUUGAGGAUGCAUUGCAAGAGGUGAGGCCCUCAGUUUCUCUGAAUGAGUUGGGUGCAUAUGAGGAGUGGAACAAACAGUUCGGGAGCUUAUCAAUGUAGAUAAAUUUGCUUUUGCACAUUUACGUGGCAAAAUCUUUAUUUGAAGAGUGGUUCCCAUAUUAAUUUGAACUUAUAAAUUGUUUAAAUUUUUUUUACUACAUUUACACAAAGUGUUGUCGGGUAAUUUUUUUUUCUUGGUAAACAGUGUAUGUUUCGUUCAAUGUUCAGCUAGAAUUUGGUUGGUUCCAUUGGUAACAAGCUGAACUCAAGGUAGCCAGUAGGUCCUAUUUGCUCA